AUGAGCGCGGUUGUGGUGAAGAUCAGUGGCCGCAGCGGUGCGAGCGGCGGCGGGCUGGUGGACAUCGUGGAAGAGCUGCCGGGCUCUGGGUCCUGGGACGCCGUGGCGGUGAGUCAGGCCGACGCGUACGCCGAGGCAGAGGUGAGCAGCAGCGUCGCGGUAGAGGCGCGGUCCGACUCGGAUGACGAGAUGGAUGACGGUUCGCAGCCGACGCGCACACUCAGCUUUGACGACUAUGGCGACGUUGAGGGUGGGCUCGAUGCCACGGAAGUGCUCGACGCCACGUUCCGUCUUGGGCGGAGCGAAGCCGAAGAGGCGGCGCGGGCGGCACUGAAGCUGCCGUUCGAGGGCGGGAUGGCGGGGAGAGGAGGCGGAGAUGGCGGCGUGGAUGCAGACGAUGACCUGGAUGUGUAG